GCAUUCUCACUCACGUUUCGUGCGUACAUAUGUGGAAACAUAUAUACGAUACAUACUUUUGCAUUGUAAUUAUUAGUAAACAUCGAUAUUAUUUAACUUUUUGUUUAUUCUGAUUACCUAUGUUAAGUAGUUGUACUUGUGAAUUUGUUUGUCCUAAAAUAAGUGGAUAUCAUAUUUGAAAACAACAUCACAUCCAACCGCCAAGUGGGCACCCCAGGGUUAAAAAGGCAAACGACUGACUAAUCACGAUGGAAUCGGCAACUAGCGUAGAACCGCAAUCCCCAGUGCAACCAGCAGCUACCAAUGGGCAUGGAGCCAUGAAGGAACCACUAGCGGCGGCCGAGGUAAUAAAAAGUCCAGAACAGCAGCAACGACCUCGGAAGUUGUCCUUCGACGACAGCGACAUGGAAAUGACGAAACUAAAGCUCGGGGCUGCGGUGAAACGCUUCCCAUCUUCGAUGCUACUCGCAGCGGUCGCAGUGUGUGCCUUAGUGGGGCUAUUGAUACGGUACUUACUGCCGUUUGAUUCUGGGUCAUUCAAGGCAGCGCUCGGCACGCUCGAGCGGUGGCGUCAGUCCGCCGCGGAUCGAAUCGUACUGGAUUACUCGCGCGGGUACGCCGCCCUGCAGGCCACCAUGAAGGACACCUACGACAAUACCCGUGGCGUUCAGAACCCGUCACUGGUGCUGUUUGCAUCCAUAUUUGCGGCAACCGUCACGUGGUUCACGUACUACGUGGUUUAUCUGGACAGCAGCAUACCCGGAGUCAAUCCACCGACCCCCUUUUCGGCCAGCAAGAAGAAGAGAUUCUCCGAUAAAGAGCGUCGAUUUCAUCUGGGAUACGUCACGGCGCUGCUCAGUGGGCUCACCGUAUUUAUGAUUCUCGUUCUGGUCGAUUAACUUCCUAACCAGUCUAGUCUUCGUCAGCUUGAACGAAUCAGAUACCGCUGAUUGUCGUGAGGACAGCCUUAUUCGUAACAUUCGUAACCAUAGGCUUAGGAGAGAAAAGUGUCAUUUUUUGUCUAGUAGAUAAUAUUAACUUUGCUCAUUAUUUAUUCAAACCGUAUCAAAGUUUGGACGCAAUUGCAUUUCUGUAUAUGGUUGCGAAAGCGAAAUUUAGCAUUGGAUGGAGCAAAGUUCUUAGUUCGAAUUGUAAAUAACUGCAAGCUUAAGAAACCAUGAGACUAACAUUUUGUUAAUUUACGAUAAAAAACCAAGAUGGGUAAACAAUCCAUUACCUAAGUGUCUUAUUUAAGUUAACUUGACAUCCUAUGUUUUUGGUACAAAUAUAUUAAGUAAAAGCUA